CGCCACGCUUCUAUCAUUGGAACGUCGCCAUCUGGAGCCCUCCCGAAUUCAUACACACGCAAUGUCUCUGAGCAGCCGCACGCUUAGCUUAACGUGCAAUCACCAGACAUCAGUAAACAUAGCUGCUUGCGCCUCCAGUCGCAAUGGCUGUGGUCUCCAACACGAAGCCAGCCGCAUGUUUCGCUUCAGGGCAUCACCACAUCAUGCCACCAGCUGAGUGUUGGAUGUGUGGCAUAAUAGAGGAGAAUUUAGCAUACAUGGAAAGCAUUGUCCAACUUCUCUUUCCCUUUCUGUCUUUUCCAGGAAGCUUCAGUCUGCACGCAAAAUGUCCGACAACUGGGUCCACAUGAAGGGCCCAAGGCCUUGCGCCUUAGUCCUGCUCACUUUCACAGACAUUCCCGUUGAUCACCUUCCCGGGCCGCACCGGUUCUACAAUUUCCUCACCGGUCGAGGCCAGAAUGCCCUCUUUGACUACUGGCAACAAGUCUCGAACCACGUGAUCACUCUUGAUGGAUCCGAAGUCUUCGGCUGGUAUCAGAUGCAAUAUUCCUUCGCGAAGGAUUCACGCAGAUCUUGGACGACUUGGCGCGAUGAAGCCAACCGACUAUGCAAGGACAUGAAUCUCGCCGACUUCCGCGGAGGCGUCAUCAUCCUCGUCGCUGCCAGCGUUGAUAGCUACUACUGGCUUAACAGUGGAGCCAAUACCUCGGGAGGUUUCGUCAUGACCACAGGGGGUUACUGGGGAAACCGAAAGUGGCGUCUAUGCAAGAAGUGCGGGUGCUUGGUGCGCCCUGACAUCGAAGCUGAUCCAUCCAUCCACGGCGCAUGUCUAGCGGGAGGUAUCCAUGAGCUCGGGGACAGGUACUACGCGAUAUCCGAUGCCCCAAAUGACGACUUGGUUGGUGAUAGCGGUUGGCGACGCUGCGAGCAAUGCUGCGUUCUCUUUCAAACCAACAAUACGAACUCAACCACCCAAUACAUCUGUCCAGCGCUAAAACCGAAUCUCGGCCCGCACACGCCAUGGAAGUUCGAUUGCAAAGUCCCAACAGCACAACUUGGCUCGUCAUAUCAGGAUGGUUGGAAGCAAUGCGCUUCUUGCUCCCAGCUGACUUACACCGGCAUUUCCGGAGUCUGCACCUACAACAAUGGGAAGCACGACGUAAGAUUUAGCGCAAACUACGGGGUAGUCGAGAGUACAACGUCGAUGAAGAUUGCUUUGCAAGCUCACAACAUUGGCCAAGCUCUUGGACUCCCGCUCUCUUGGUCCGCCAACCCCGACACUGCUGCCGGCGAUCCCUACGAUGUGAUGAGUGCUAUUACUACAUCCAGGGUCAAGGCCUUCAAUCUCACAGAGCCUCUGAACUUCGGUUGGACGACUUAUUGUCAAGACGGCUUUGAAUCAACAUACUCUCCGGCCGGGCCCGGGCUGAUUGCCCCCACUCUCUGGAAGAUGGGAUGGCUGUCGAGUGCCUGGCCUAUCUCAGCAGAAAACCUGAAGGCUCGCAAGAACUACAGCCUGCGGGCUCUCGGUCGCCCGGAGCAAACGGGAGCCGGCGCCUUAUAUUACGUCACCAGGAGUCGAAUUUACACUGUUGAAUUCCGCCAGGCCGAUGGCUGGGAUCGUGGAAUCGGGAAGGACUGCGUGUUAGUCCACGAACUUCGAUCCAAGUACGCGACGGGACAAAAAGGAUUCCGGUACUGCAGGAAGUGCCACGGCAUGUUUCUUGCCUCUAGUGCCGUUUGUGCGGCGGGUGAUCUACACGAUGCCCGCACGAAUAGCACCACGUACACGCUGGAAACGUCGAAGGGGGUCGAAUUGCCGGACGGCGCCCACAUUCGCAGCUAUUGGACUUGCUCGUCAUGCCACACAAUCUAUAACACUGACUUUCCAGCUACCUUCGACAUGAAAUAUGGUUGCCCGUGCAUGCCAGUUGCCAGUCACUACCAUUCCCAGGGGGCGACUGAAUACAUUGUACCGACCGACGGUCCCUUCAUCGGCUCCGAGAAAGGCUGGAAACGCUGUCGCAAAUGCGACGCGCUCGUGUAUACCCUGGAUCGCCGCAAUGUCGGCGUCUGUCACCACGGCGGUCAGCACGACUGCACGGGCGAAGCAGAAGGCUCCAUCUUCAUCGGCGUUCCAACCACGCCAAACGUACAAUACGAAGUCGGCUUUAAGCGAUGCUACAAAUGCGAAAUACUAUUCGACGCGCGCCUCGGAAGUUGCAAAGCCGGUGGUAGCCACGACUACACUGGAAGCGAAGCUUAUAACAUCCCUCGAAAGAGCGAAAUGGCAGCUGGUAGCCCCUUCAAAGUCUGCACAAAGUGCCUCGGGGUUUACAUCGGCGGACUCGCAGGCACAUGUCCCUCCGGCGGCCAGCACAGCUUCGAUGGCAGAGAAUACACCGUGCACAACUCACAAGAUGGGACCGAUUGCACCGGAGAAUCGUGGACGCAUUGUACCAAGUGCAACCUCCUGCUCAAGAACGUCAGCAGUAGUCUCGCAUGUGCGGCUGGAGGAACGCAUACCUGCAACGCUCCCGUCUCGUGGUAUCUGCCCCAUUUCAAGAUCGAUUUGGCCUAUCUUGUCGGUAAGCCGCUGUAUACGGGCGAUGCGUGGCAGGAUCCAGGGAACAACUUCCGCAUCGAAGUCGGUGCGAUCAACAGUAACCACACGGUCUCCGUCAACGUCGGCGAAGCUAUGGCGACAUCGAAGACCGCAACACCAAGUCUGUGAUACGACUAUAACCAUCACAGCUAAGCGUGGAGCAUUAAGUGGCUGGCGUCCACGGAACCAUGAGGCGAUCCGGGAGAGAGUCUAAGGGAAAAGGCGCAGCCGAACGCGGCCUCGCUAGGGCUCCCACGCUACGUUGCCUCAACAUACAAAUUGCCUUGAUGUGUGCUUAUACUAAAUUUGUUUUGUCGUACUUUUCAUAAGAAUGUAGGCCAGAAAUUUGCGAUGCUGUGGGGAAAAUACCCCAGCCUUCCGCAGGUG